AGGACGGGACAUACGCUUCUGGGCUGGUACAGUCAUUGCCUCGGAAAAUCUCCAACCUCUGGUCACUUUCUCUGCUUCUCUCUGUUGCACAACUUGGGAGUCUUUAUUUCCGAAUAGGAAUAACUUCAAGACCAUCAACAAAUAGGCGACUUGAAUGCUGACCUAUUCCUGAUUAUUUAGAGAAGGUUUAUUACUGGAGUGACAACUUACGUUCACGUGAAAGCUUCUAAAAACGAAAGGAAGAAGUUUUCAAGAACAAAAAGGGAAAAGAGCAACCGGAGCCAGUUUGGGAUGCUACCACUCGCCAGGAUGCAGACUCGCAGCGCGCUGAGUUCCUUACUGUGCGUGAUGAGCUGCGCGUGGCUGCACUCUGGACUGGCCUCACGGCAUAAAUCUCCCGUUCUGCCCAUCCAUUCGGAGAGGGAACCUUUACCAUCCAAGGGCAUGUCAGGAUGUUCAUUCGGAGGAAGAUUCUAUUCUCUGGAGGACACUUGGCACCCUGACCUCGGGGAGCCGUUUGGAGUCAUGCACUGUGUCCAAUGUUACUGCGAGACACAAAGGGGUCGUAAGAGUAAGGUGUUGGGGAAGGUAAGCUGUAAGAACGUCAAGCGGGACUGUCCUGAGCCUAGCUGUGUGGACCCAGUACUGCUACCUGGACAAUGUUGCAAGACCUGCCCCAAAGGCGACGUGGACAGGAAGCAGGCAGAGGCGGUGUUUGAUGGCUUCGAGUACUUCCAGGAGAAGGAGAAAGAGGAUGACCUGCACAAGUCCUACAAUGACCGCUCAUACCUCAGCUCUGAGGACAUUUCCUCUGGGGAGAGCCGCACUGACUUUGUAGCAGUGUUGACGGGAGUGACAGGCUCCUGGUUACCCAGCUCCAGUGGUGUGGCCCGGGCACGCUUCUCUCUCACUAGAACCAGCCUGACCUUCUCCAUCACCUACCAGAGGAUUGGGCGACCAAGCAGGGUUGCCUUCCUUGAUUCAGAUGGAAACACUGCGUUUGAGUACAAGACCCCUAAGAGAGACUCAGACAUGAUCUGCGGGGUGUGGAAGAAUCUUCCCCAAUCCCACGUGCGACAGCUACAGGCAGAACAACUUCGGGUUACUAUGACAACAGCCACUGGUAGACGGGAGCAGAUUGAAGGAAAGAUCAUCAAACACAGAGCACUGUUCGCAGAGACGUUCAGCUCCACUCUGACCUCAGAAAAAGAGCAUUCUGGGAUGGGAGGCAUCGCCAUGCUGACUCUGAGUGACACGGAGAACAACCUUCACUUCAUCCUCAUACUGCAGGGAUUGAUACAACACAGACAGAGAGACUCCCCCCUGGUGCCCAUCCGGGUACGACUGCAGUACAGCCAACAUGUCCUGAGAGAGAUCCAUGCCAACGCCACCGCCUAUGACCCAGACUUUGCUGAGGUACUGACAGACCUGAACAGUCGGGAGCUCUUCUGGUUGUCAAGGGGCCAGCUGGUGAUCGCCGUAGAAACCGAGGGCCCGGACCCGAGACACAUCUCUGGCUUCAUCACUGGAAGGAAGUCAUGUGACACCAUCCAGAGUGUCAUGUCCAGUGGUGAUGCAUUGACACCAGGGAAGACAGGUGGUGUGGGAUCAGCAUUCUUUCAUCUCCAUGACAACGGCACUCUGGACUACCAGGUCCAGAUAGCGGGGUUAUCCAGUGAAGUGGUGGGUCUGACCAUCGAGCUAAAGCCUCGGCGGCGCAGUAAGCGCUCCGUGCUGUAUGACCUAGCUCCAGAGUUCGACAGGCCCAGCGGGCGAGCGACGGGAAGCUGGAGUCGUCUGGAGGCGCGUCACAUCCACAUGCUGCUGCAGAACGAACUGUUCAUCAACGUGGCUACAGCACACAGCCAGGAGGGGGAGCUACGCGGACAGAUCAGGGGCCUGCUCUACAACGGUCUGGAGGCACCCAGAUAUGAGAUCCCUAUCCCUCUGGCAGGCCAGUUUGUGGCCCCUCCAGUCCUGACCAGUGCUGGGGGCCAUGCCUGGGUGUCUGUGGAUGAGCGCUGUCACCUCCAUUAUGAGAUCGUGGUGGCAGGCCUCAGCAAAGCUGAUGACCUCACAGUCAGCGCCCACCUUCAUGGAUUUGCUGAGAUCGGAGAGCUUGGCGAGAGCAGCACCAAUCACAAGAGACUGCUGACAGGGUUCUACGGUUCUCAGGCCCAGGGUGUGUUGAAGGACAUCAGUGUAGAGUUGUUCCGUCACCUGGACAGAGGGACAGCCUUCAUUCAGGUCAGCACCAAGGUCAACACCAGAGGAGAGAUACGUGGACGGGUCCAUGUGCCAAACAACUGUGAGUUUGGGACAAGGGGUGAGGUGGAGGUGGCUGAGUUUGAUGGCCUGUUUGUGCAUGAUCCUGAGGAACUAAAGAAAGACCCCCGCACCUGUUUCUUCGAAAGUCAACACCACGCCCACGGCUCACUCUGGACCCCCAACUACAACAACUGUUUCACCUGCAGCUGUCAGAAGCGCACAGUGAUCUGUGACCCGGUCAUCUGUCCAGUCCUCACCUGUUCUCGCACCAUACAACCUGAGGACAAGUGCUGCCCCGUGUGUCUCGAGAGGAAAGACCCCAAGAACAUGAAGACUCCAGAGAGGCUAGAUGAGCAUCCAGAAGGUUGUUACUUUGAGGGGGACCAGAAGAUGCAUGCUCCUGGGUCAACAUGGCAUCCAUUCGUCCCUCCAUUUGGCUACAUCAAGUGUGCUCUCUGCACCUGCAAGGGGGCGACAGGCGAGGUGCACUGUGAGAAGGUGACGUGUCCAGCCCUGACCUGCAGUCGUCCGGUACGCCGUAGCCCCUCAGACUGCUGUAAGGAAUGUCCGGAGGAAGACAAACCCCCCUUGGUGCACGCUGACAUGAUGCAGGCAGACGGAACGCGUCACUGCAAGUUUGGGAAGAACUUCUACCAGAACAGUGACAACUGGCACCCCCGUGUACCCCUGAUGGGAGAGAUGAAGUGCAUCACCUGCUGGUGUGACCAUGGCGUGACUAAGUGUCAGAGGAAACAGUGUCCAGUCCUGACCUGUAGUAACAUCACCCGCCGGGAGGGCAUGUGCUGUCCUGAGUGCCAAGAUUCCAAAGAGGAAGAGGAGGAGCUGAUGAAAGUUCCGGAAAAGAAGAACAGCUGGAGACACUGAGCUGAGAUCCCCCCCUCUCUACCUACUCCCUCAUGGGCAGACCUAGACCUGCACACUGGGUCAGCUAACACCCCCCUAAAAUCGAGACCCCUAUAACCCUCCAGCCCCAACCCACAACCCCCCCGUCCACUCCCACCCCUUAGUCAGCCUAAGGAUUGUAACGAAGGAAAGAAAGACAAACAGAAGAAAAGAAAGAAGCACUGAGGUGUCAUGGAAGAGAAUGGAAAGAAGGGAACAAAAAGAGUGGACCAACCACAGCUGCUGCAGCAGUGUCUUUUGACUGGUUCCUCCUUUGAAAUUUGCCAUUUUUGUUUUGUUUUCAGUUCUUUUGUCUCCCCGUGAUGAAUUUUGCCCACCCUUUCAAAAAUCACAUACAAUUACCCUUCAUAUUCGAAUACAACAAGGUUUGCUUAGUUUUUAAAAUGGAUGUGUUGGUAGUCUUUGCAUUGUUAGGUGUGUGUGUGUGUGUGUGUGUCUGCCAGUGGUAAAAAUGCUUGGUGGCUAGAUGGAAACACACACAAAACAUAGACUGAGCAUCGCUGACUAUCUGAUAAACCAGCACCCCACAUAUGUCCUGUCAUCCCAUCCAGUCAGCACCACACAUAUGUCCUGUCAUCCCAUCCAGUCAGCACCACACAUAUGUCCUGUCAUCCCAUCCAGUCAGCACCACACAUAUGUCCUGUCGUCCCAUCCAGUCAGCACCACACAUAUGUCCUGUCGUCCCAUCCAGUCAGCACCACACAUAUGUCCUGUCAUCCCAUCCAGUCAGCACCACACAUAUGUCCUGUCAUCCCAUCCAGUCAGCACCACACAUAUGUCCUGUCAUCCCAUCCAGUCAGCACCACACAUAUGUCCUGUCGUCCCAUCCAGUCAGCACCACACAUAUGUCCUGUCAUCCCAUCCAGUCAGCACCACACAUAUGUCCUGUCAUCCCAUCCAGUCAGCACCACACAUAUGUCCUGUCAUCCUAUCCAGUCAGCACCACACAUAUGUCCUGUCAUCCCAUCCAGUCAGCACCACACAUAUGUCCUGUCAUCCCAUCCAGUCAGCACCACACAAAUGUCCUGUCAUCCCAUCCAGUCAGCACCACACAAAUGUCCUGUCAUCCCAUCCAGUCAGCACCACACAUAUGUCAUGUCAUCCCAUCCAGUCAGCACCACACAUAUGUCCUGUCAUCCCAUCCAGUCAGCACCACACAUAUGUGGAACUCUUCCCUUGGAAAAGCAUAACACACCCAAGUAUCUAUUCUAAUUGCUCACUGAAGAGAUUAGAAUAUACAGUAACUUUACAUAAACAUUUGAUUUAGAUUUAUUUGCAGCUCUGAGUCUGGUACCAUUGACCUGUAUUGCACCUCUUCAUGUGGUUGUCUGUUUCUCAUUUCAGUAAUAUGUAUAAUUAUUUUAAAAUACUUUGUAUUAGUGUUGUUAUUUUUCUGAAUUUUGCUUGUAUUUAUUGAACGUUUGAAGAAAAAAUUAAAGUUGUUUGUAAGAAAUCGU